AUGACGACCGUCUUCAUCACCCUGAUUCUGUUCAGUCUCGCAAUCUCGUCACUGAUCUCCAUCAUCUACAAACCACCAAAAUGGCUAAUCUGUUGGCUUCAAGCCCGCUACCCCAGCAUCCUAUUCUACGUCCCAACUGAUAAAAAGAUGGUGGCCCUGACCAUCGACGAUGGGCCUUCUCCUCACACUCUAGAAAUCCAGCGAGUCCUCAAGGCGCACGGUGUCAAGGCCACAUUCUUCGUGAUCGGGUCACAUAUCCCCGGCCGCGAGGAGAUCCUGAGAGAAUUGGUCAUGGACGGUCAUGAACUGGCAAACCACGCCAUGCAUGAUGAACCGUCCGUACGCAUCCCGCCUGAAGAACUCGCGCGACAGAUCCAAGCCGUGGCGAGACAGAUCGAAGACAUCUACGCGUCGGCACUGGAUCUGGAUCUUCCAUCUGUUGUGAAGCCGCCCAGGUAUUUCCGUCCUGGGAGCGGCUUCUUCAACGCAGCAAUGUUCUCCCUCCUGGAACAACCGUAUCUAAAGUACAAGCUCGUCCUAGGAAGCAUUUAUCCCUGGGACGCGCAGAUUCCAUGGGCCAAGUUGAAUGCCUGGCAUAUUCUUGGUAGCAUGACACCAGGCGCGACCAUCGUCAUUCAUGAUAGAAAGUGGACGGCGCCUAUGUUGAGGGUUGUCUUGUCAGAGCUGAGGAGACGAGGCUGGAGUGUGGGGACUGUGACGGACCUCCUGGGCCAGUCGAUGGAGGCUAUCUAG